UAGACUGUUCAAACUCUCUCGAGAGUCAAGACCCACUCAAACGCGCAAGACGUUUCCUCUUCUACCCCUAAAUAAGCCAUGUGAUCCCUAAAUUUCUCGCCCUCUCCUCCUUAUAUCGUAAUAUCUCGCUCAGUCUCUCAAACCUUCUCUUGUAUUAUAUUAUUCCACAAGAUUUCUUCGCCUGGUGCUCGGCCGUCGUUUCUUGGACCGUCUUUGAUGGAUCCGGUGGUGGUGUCGCAGCUGGCGACGGGGCUCGGGGUUCUGGCCGGGGCGAUGCUGGUGAAGUCGGCGAUGGAGCGGCCGAUGGCCGGGCCCGGGGAGUGGCGGCCGCCGCGGUGCGCCACGUGCAACGGCACGGGCCGGGUCACGUGCCUGUGCGCCCGGUGGUCGGACGGCGAUGUCGGGUGCCGGACCUGCGCCGGGUCCGGCCGGAUGGCCUGCAGCCGCUGCGGUGGGUCCGGCACCGGCCGGCCACUCCCCAUCCGGCUGAACCUGCGGUCCAACCGGUCGCCGUAACUAUAAGAGAAAGAGAAAUAUCCAGAUAUCAAAGAUUACGUUAUGUAUAUUGGUCAGCUAUUUUUGGAUUGGUGGGAAAUUAUAUGAUUUUAGAUGAUGAUUUUCAUGUAGAAGUUUCAGUCAAUUUACGAACAAGAUGGAGUUGAUGUCUGUUUUUUCUGUGUACUACAUCUCAUAUAUUGAUUAAAAGAAAGAAAAAAAAUACAGAUUAUAAGCAAGAUGUCUUGUUUUUCUG